CAAUCUCUUUUUUUCUCAAAAAAGAACAAAGAACAGCUCUAACAUUCUUAACCUAAAUUUCUUCAGAGCUGUUCAAGUUCAACAUCAAUUUGAUAAAAUAUAAUCCAACAAUUAAAAAAAAAACUAUAUUGUAAGAAAGAAAACAAUAUGUCGUAUGAGUACGACGACGAUUCCAAGAAGAGGAGGUAUGCUGUUAUCUUAAUCUCCUCAGUUCUUCUCAUCUCCAUGAUAGUCGCCGUUACCAUCAACCUCAACAAGAACGAAGACAACGGUGACUCUCAAGGCAAAGGAGAGUUAACGGCUUCCGUCAAGGCAGUUAAGGAGGUAUGCGCACCAACGGAUUACAAAAAGACUUGCGAAGACACUCUCAUCACGAACGGACACAACACGACCGACCCCAUGGAGCUGGUCAAGACAGCGUUUAGCGUCACGAUGAAGCAGAUCACAGACGCAGCCGAGAAGUCGCAGACCGUGAUGGACCUUCAGAAGGAUCCUAGGACUAAGAUGGCUCUCGAUCAGUGCAAGGAGCUGAUGGACUACGCGCUGGGAGAGCUCAGCAACUCUUUCGAGGAGCUUGGUAAACUCGAGUUCCACAAACUCGACGAGGCUUUGAUCAAUCUGAGGAUAUGGCUCAGCGCGGCGAUUAGCCACGAGGAGACUUGCCUCGAAGGGUUUCAAGGGACGCAAGGGAACGCCGGAGAGACGAUGAAAAAAGCGUUGAAAACGGCUAUCGAGCUGACGCACAACGGGCUGGCGAUCAUCAGCGAGAUGUCGAGUUUCGUGGGACAGAUGGGGAUCCCUGAGCUGAACAGCCGGAGGCUUCUGUCUCAAGAGGUUCCCUCGUGGGUGGACGAGAGGGGACGUAGGCUCUUGCAGGCUGCUGAGGGGUAUUCGGAUGCGAAGGCUGAUAUAGUGGUGGCUCAGGACGGGAGCGGUCAGUAUACAACGAUCAACGAUGCGAUGAAGUACGUUCCCAAGAAGAAGAACACGACUUUCGUGGUUUAUAUUAAGGCUGGUAUCUACCAGGAGUAUGUACAAGUCAACAAGAGCAUGACUCAUCUCGUGUUCAUCGGUGAUGGUCCCGACAAAACCAUCAUCUCUGGCAGCAAGAAUUACAAGGAUGGUAUCACUACCUACCGUACCGCCACUGUUGCCAUCGUUGGAGACUACUUCAUUGCCAAGAACAUAGGGUUUGUAAACACGGCCGGUCCAAUCAAACAUCAAGCCGUUGCAGUAAGGGUUCAAUCAGACGAAUCGAUAUUUUUCAACUGUAGAUUCGAUGGUUACCAAGACACGCUCUACGCUCACUCACACCGUCAAUUCUACAGAGACUGUACCAUCUCAGGCACCAUUGAUUUCCUCUUUGGAGACGCGGCUGCUGUGUUCCAGAACUGCACUUUGUUGGUGAGGAAGCCACUGCCGAACCAGGCGUGCCCUAUCACAGCUCAUGGUCGCAAAGACGCGAGGGAAUCAACCGGAUUUGUGUUCCAAGGCUGCACUAUUGCCGGCGAACCGGAUUACUUGGCGGUCAAGGAAACUAGCAAAGCCUAUUUAGGAAGGCCUUGGAAGGAGUAUUCAAGAACUAUUAUCAUGAACAGUUUUAUUCCUGAUUUCAUUCAGCCGCAGGGAUGGCAACCGUGGCUUGGAAACUUCGGUCUCGACACAUUGUUCUACUCUGAGGUUCAGAACAUAGGACCCGGAGCAGCUCUUGCAGGCAGGGUUACUUGGCCUGGGAUCAAGAUACUGAGCGACGAAGAGAUUCUCAGUUUCACACCGGGUAUGUACAUCCAAGGUGAUGUUUGGAUUCCAGGGAAAGGUGUACCGUACACUCCUGGUCUCUUGGCUGCUGACCCGAACGCUGCAACCACCACCACCCCUAGCGGCUCAGAUGCUCCAAAAUUCUCUUCGUUCUCUGACACAAGUGGUGCUGGUUCGGUUUCUCCAGCAGCUGCACCGAAAGGCUCUAACAAAAGUGCUUCACCGAAAGGAGCCGUUACGAUGGUUUUAAAAGACUAAAAGAUUUGAUUAAGAUGCCAUAUAUUGUGUUUUUCUUUCUUAUUCUAAUUCAAGGAAAUCUGGAAAACAAAUAAUUGAUUAAUGUUUAGCUUUGUAAACUCAUGUUUCAUAUUGCAGUACAUUACAAGA